GUGCCCCAUGCGGCCCUGAUGCCUGGAACCUUGGCUUUGAUCAUUACCGCCUCGUAUGGCUCUACCUUCAAAGGCAACAUCGAUCGUUUGAUUGGACUGGUGCUGGGCAAUGUGAUCCCAUUGCUGGUCUUGGCUGUUGUCUUCUCGUUUGACUGUGCCUCUUGGAUGCGUACCGUGACGCAAAGUGUCUUGGUGUUCUUGUACUUCUUGACCUUCUCUUACGUCUACUACUCCUCCAAGAACUGGGGCUUUGUCGGCUGCGCCCUGUGCGGAUUCGGAGCCUACCCCUUGAUGGUUUCAUGUGACGCAUCCGGCACUGGCGAACUUGGUUUCAACUACCACAUGAGAAGCAACUACAAAAUCAUCGGACAAACCACCGUGGCCAUCCUGAUGCGUAUGUUGAUCGAGACCCUCUUCCUGGACCACGCCCCCCGUGACCUGGCCGUCAAGGCGAUGAAGGAUUUGCUGGAGACCAUUGAGGAUUGCUAUGAGGAAUUCUUCAAGGGCGACUAUGAGGCCAUGAAGCAAAAGCACGACCAGGUCGAGGGUAUGGCUGCCAUUUGCCAGAAGUUCUAUGGCGACACUGCUCCGCAAUUGGAAUUUGCUCCAGGUCCUCGUAUGCCAUUCAAGCACAAGUUUUUCGGUGAGGUGCAGGACAAGUUGGUCACGGUGAUCGCCGAGUUGGAGGUGUUAACCUUGGGUGCCUCUGACUGGAAGAAAGCUGAAGUGAAAUCAGAGAAGUCCACGAUGCGUCAAGCAGCGGAGAAGGAAGAGAAACUGCACAAGCGGGCAGCAGAUCACCUGGGGAAUGCAUCACCCAAGCUGCACGCCAUCAUGAGCAGCCAAAGCGCCUUCAGCCUGAUGAAGCAGGAUGUGGAGGACACCAUGAAACGCAUCUUCACCACUGUGAUCGCUGUGCUCGAGCAGGAUAAAGAGCAAGCCAUGACAGAGAGCAACAACCAGCUUUUGAAGGAUGCUUUCAACCAGUUGACGGCCAUGGAGGGUAUGUUGGACCUGGAAGCUGCACCGGGUUUCUACAAAGAGGACAAGAUGUCGAUCCCAGUGCAAGGCCGUGUCACCUUGAAGGACAACCAGGCAUUGGUAGUGUUGAAUGUCGCCACCAACAACAACCAAGCGGAGGAGAGGCCAAGGUCCGACUUGGAAGCGCUGCUGAACAGAGCUUUGCGACAGGAGGUGCCGGUACACCCAACCCGGCUCCCACUCCUCCGCAAACACCUGGCGGUGAUGAUCUGCAACGUCCAGAAGGGGCUCCACUUGGACCCCGUGGGCUUGCACGGUGCCUGGAAUGCAGCUGCAGAACAAAGGCUGCUGGAGUGCUUGACAAAGCCAAAGAGGGUGGUGACUCCGAAGCCAGUCGUCCCAGCCAUUGCAGUCCUUCAACUUGAAGAUGGCAAGGUGUCCGAUUCCUCGUCUACUUCGGAUUCCUCCUAUUCGGAUUCCUCCUCUUCUACGUCCUCGGAGGAAGAGGCGAUGCCGGAGUAUGUUCCCAACCCAUCCUUGCCGCCGCCUCCAGAGUAUCCUUCUGACGAUGAGUACGGUAUGCCAAACCCUUCCUUGGGCCCGCAGUCUGAAGUCCUCACGGAUGACGAGUACCUGGCGCCCCCACCUCCAGCCGCCCCCUGCGAAGAGAGCCAUGAACGUCCAGCCAAGUGCCAGCGGUGCCAGGAACGGGAAGAAGAGUUUUGGUCUUUGGCUGAAUCCCACCAGCUCAUUGCGGAAUUGUUAGAGGCAGCUGAACAGGAGAAUGCUCGGUUGCGGGCCCAGAGGUGA